AUGUCAACUGCUGAUUUCGAAAGUCAAGGAGAUGAAUUAGAUGCCUUAACCAGUAUUCUGGAUGAAACAACAUUUGAAAUAAACAAAAAAUCUACAAAUACAGAAAAUACACACGGUACUCUAGUCAUUGAAGUGACACUACCUGAUGAAUUUUAUAUUGAAUAUCAUCCAAAUCAGCGUCGUCGUGUUCAAUAUUUACCACCAAUAUUUCUUCGUUUUACUUUACCAAAUGAUUAUCCAUCGAUAUCAUCACCAUCAUUUCAACUUGAAUGUAUUUGGAUGAAUGAUAAACAGUUACAAAUAUUAUCAGAAAAUCUAAACAGUAUGUGGUUGGAUAAUAGUAAUGAACCAAUUCUAUUUCUUUGGUACACAUCAUUGAGCGCACAAGCCCUUGAAUGGCUUAAUAUAAUAACAACACUUGAUUUAACCCUAUCAUUUCCUUCGACAAUAACAAAAUCAUUACAACCUCAAUUAACUUCCACACAAGUCGCAGCAACUAUUCAUAAUUAUGAAUGUGAAAAAAAAUUAAUUCUUCUUUCACGUACUAUAAUAACAUGUCCUAUAUGUCUUACUGAUGUUGGUGGGAAUGAUUGUUUUUUAUGUUAUUCAUGUUCAGGUACUGCUUGUAAAUCAUGCAUUAAAUCAUAUCUUGAAACCAUAAUUACAGCUGGACAAGUUAAAUCUAUAACAUGUCCAAUAAAUUCAUCAUGUAAUAUUGAAUUAACACCAGCACAAAUAGCAUCAUCUGUUGAUAAAGAAACAUUUCAUCGUUAUGAUCGUCUUUUAUUUCAAUUAUCUAUUGAUUCAAUGGAUGAUAUUAUGUAUUGUCCACGUUGUCAAAAACCUGUUAUUGUAACACACGGAACAGAUGAUCAUCUUAAAAAUACAUUAGGUGAAUGUGCAACAUGUACAUUUGUAUUUUGUACUUUAUGUGGCAAAACAUUUCAUGGUAUUAAUCCAUGUCAAUAUUCUGAGAAUAAAUUAAAAGAUAUUUAUAAAGAAUAUCAAAAUGCAACACGAGAAGAACGAAUAGCACUUGAACAAAGAUAUGGUAAAAUUUUUAAUCGUCUUAUGGAUGAUAUGGCUUCGAUAGAAACAAUUAAACAAACUGCUCGACAAUGUCCUAAAUGUUCGAUCUUUGUUGAUAAACUAGAUGGUUGUAAUAAGAUGACAUGUGUGAAAUGUCAUUCUUAUUUUUGUUGGACAUGUUUAGGUUUAUUAUCAAAAACUGAUCCAUAUGGUCAUUUUAAUCGACCUGAAAGUAAAUGUUUUAAUAAAUUAUUCGAAGGUGUACCGGGAAUGGAAUGGUGA